AUGGGUUCGCUCGCGACGUCGCCCUUCGCGGAGCUGCUCGAUGCGGUGCCGGCGGUGGUCGACGCGCUGCCGGAAGAGAGUCUCCGGGACGUAGCGGCGACCUCGUGGGGCGCGCUGGUCGCGUUGCUGCGGCACGUCCCGCGGUUCUCCGUGCCCGUGCACCCUCACAGCGCUCUCCUGCCGGGCAUCGCGCGGCGGUCGGAGCAGCUGGCGCGGGCGGCGGGGAGCCUCCGCUUCACGGCGGAGACCGCGCUGGCAGGCGAGAAGUCGGAGCCGGCGUCCGUCGACGUGGCAGCGGGCGACGCUGGGGCGCUGCUGCGGGUGUUUGCCGCUGCGAGAAACACCAGCCUGCCGUGCGGCGGGUGCGGCGAGGAGACGUGCUGCGGCACGGCGCUGCAGCUGGCGGCGGUGCGGUCGGUGCUGGCCGGGAAGGAGGCGAUCCGGUUGCGCUGCGUGGACACGACGAGAAGCAUGCGCUGCGCGUCGCAGCUCCUGGCGGCGCUGGCCAGGCACCCGAUGGUCGAUCAGCUGCGCGAGCUGCGCGUGCGCUGCGACCACGACACUCCCCUCGCCCUCCUGCACGAGCUCGCACCGGCGACGGGCCUGCGGGUGCUGCACUUGCGUGUUGACGACAUGGGGGAUUGGCCAGGGGACGACGAGAAGGACAGGCACGCCGCCGCCGACCGCAUCGCGGACGCGGUGGGGAGCCUGCCGGCGCUGACGGAGCUGCGCAUCGAGGUGCAUUAUUGUCCGUUGCCGUCGAGCGUGUUUGCGGCGCUGUUCGACCACGUGGCGCGAAACAAGACCAUCGUGGACAUAUCCGUGGAGGGAACGAUGGUCGGCGCGGAGGGGUGCGUGGCGAUCCAGGCGGCGCUGCACCACAACACGACGCUGCGCAGGCUGCGGAUCCGUGGGGGUGCACCACCGUACAACACGGACGAAUAUGUGCCCCUGGGGCGCGCGAUCGGGGCGGCGCUGCCGUUCAACGCGACGCUGGAGGAACUCGGUCUCGAGAGGUUGCUGAAGGAGGAGGACGCAGACGCGCUGCUGACGGGGGUGUCGCGGAACACGGGGCUCCGCGUGUUGGAACUGCGCGAUUGCGAGCUGAAGUCUGCAAGCCUUGCGGCGCCGUUUCGCACGAUACUGGAGAAGGGCGGGCUGCGGCGGCUGCUGCUCGGCGACAACGAGCUCCACGAAAAGGUGCAGAGAGCGAUUCCGCAGGCGUUGACGCAGCGGUCGCAAAUGGUGGAGCUGGACCUGAGUGGCGUGCUGGACAAGGAGUUUCACAACUACGGCUACUGUCACGCAUCCCUCUUGCACAUCGUGAGGGCACUGCGCGACGGGGCGCUGGGACGUUCGCUCGAGGUGCUGAGGCUCCGUGGCCUUGAGACCAAGGUGUCGCCGGCCGACAAUGACGACAGCUUCGAGGCGCUGGCGAGGGUGCUGGGGAGCAACGCGACGCUGCGCAUCCUCGACCUGUCGGACGUCGAGCUGGAUGGCAACGAGAUCGAGGCGCUCGGGGGGAUGAUCAAGGCGAACAAGGCUUUGCGGGAGCUCAUCGUCGCCGGUAAUCUUGGUGGUCUGAGAGACGACAUCGCGCAUGAACUUGCCAAGGGGCUUCUGCACAACUCGACGCUGGAGAUCCUCGAUGUCUCCAACAAUCAGGUCUCCUGCGAGGGGCUGCAGUCGCUCGCGGCUGCUUUGGGGCCGCAGUCUGGCCUGCGUCAUCUGCGGCUCGGUCGCAAGACCGUCACAUCCAGCACCUCGGGGAACAAAAUCGGACGUCGUGCUGCGGAGGCGUUCGCUCGCGCACUGGACAGCGGUGCGCCCCUCGUGACGCUCGACUGCGGCGGCAUGACGACGCUGGAGCACGGGCACUGCGAGGUCUUGCUGCGCGCGAUGUUCCGCAGCAAGCCGGUGCGGACCUGCACACUGCGCGCGACGCAUAUCGCGGGCGGUGCGAAGGCCAUGAUCGACCUCGCGUUGUGGUACCGGCAGCGGCGGCUGGCGCGCCGGGAGGGCGAAAGCACGGCGAUUCUGGACAUUGUCGAGGACACGCCCCCGGAUUACGGCUGCGAGUGA